AUCACGUGACCCACGUGACUUUCUUGUCGCCAUUUUAUCUCACUUUACGGCGUUGUGCGUGUGGGACGUUGGUCAAGAUGUCCUCGCGUUAUUCGCGUCCUCCAAAUUCGUCACUUUUUAUCAGGAACGUGCCGGAUGGCACAAGACCGGAAGACCUGCGCAGUUUGUUCGGUAAAUAUGGACCGAUAACGGAUGUCUAUAUUCCGGUGGACUACUACGCUCGUAGACCCCGGGGUUUUGCUUAUGUGCAGUUCGAAGAUCUCAGAGAUGCCGAAGAUGCCAUGUACUCGCUGGACCGGACCCGUUUCUACGGCCGGGAGCUCGAAAUCGAGUUUGCCCAGGGGGACCGUAAAACUCCGUCCGAGAUGAGGGGCCGGGAGAGGAAUCGCAGAACCCGCUCACCUUACGGCAGUCGCCACGACGACAGGGGCAGCCGAAGAUCGCGCAGCCGCUCUCCAUAUGGCCGGGGCCGCAGUCCUCGGCGCAGCCGGAGGCACUCUUACAGCAGGUCUCGGUCCCGCGACAGGCGCAGGCCAAGCUACUCGCCUCGAAGGUCGAGGUCCUACAGUCGAUCGAGGUCUCACUCCCGCUCACCACACAUGGGUCACCACAGCAAGACCAAGAGCAGGGACCACUCCCCCUAUGAGAUCGUGGACGAAAGCCGCGACAGGUCAAGGAGCAAGACCCCAGAGUGACUGCACUGACCUUACCACCAAACAUGUGCAUAUUCUCAUUACAAGACUCGUUUCCUUUCCCUUUUUUUUUUUAAGCUUUUGUUUGUUGUAAAAAGCACAUCACUGCUGUAAACCUGGCUUUUCGGAUAAUUACCUCAUUUGUCCUGGCAUGUAACUGCCAUUAAACUACUGUGGCUUUUUUUUUGUUGCUUUAUUAUGCAUUUGUGUCCUUGGUUAUCAACAAUUCAUUUCUUGUUUCCCAAUGAAGUGGAUCUUUUGUAAAUAUUUCUGGAACAUUAAUAAAUAACAUUUGGUUUUGAAAA